UCUCUCUGGAUCCAUAUCUGGACCUGGUCUCGGAUCAAACCCACAGAUUGGACGUGACUGUGGUUUAUAAUGCCCGAGAAGUUUAGGGACACAUGUUUUGGUGUCUGGCAGUUCUCCAGCGCAUGUUUAGGUAUUUCUCCUCUGUAAACUGGCUGCUGAGCUUACUGUAAAUAUUGCAAGCCUUUUAGGUGCUAAGUAUUUACAGCAGAUUUUUGGUUCGCAGCUAAGGUCUCAGAUGGCUCGUGUGGUCGGCUUCGAUAAUGGGUUGUUUUAUUUGCGAUUGCUAAUGGUGGUUGAUGUUGUGGAAGAUGAGAAGUUUGCCUUACGUCCGGCUCUCUGGUGUCCCCGAUGUCAAUGAUUUGGUCGUACUUCGCUGGACUUUUUAUCUGUUAAUGAAAACAUCUUGGACCAAAGCCGUGAAAAUGGCCACAGAAACAAUAUGUUUUCAUUUCCUCAAAGAUGUUUCCAGUUCGACCAAAAGUGCAACGUGGUGUAGACUAUGACGUGAAGACAUGAGAUAGCUGUUUGGAUUAAGAGGGUGAAUUUCUCCUUGUCUGCAAAGUGACUUUAAACAGCUGAUGAUGAAUGGCUGGUGCGACUAGCCGCACUUUUACUUGUGGCUCCAGAGACAGAGUUUUUCCAUAUAAGUCGGCUUCCUCUGAUUUCCCACGUCAGCUUCAGUGUUGACAUCAACACAGCUUCGUUCUCAUGCUGGAUCUGUGGACGUGGCCCAUGCAGUGUCUCAAUUGUCGGAGGCACUUUGUAGAUCUGUUGAGAAGACCCUGGUGAGAAGAAAGUUGGCUUGCUUGGAUAUCUCCCAGACCACUUCCUCCCAUCACAAACCCUCCUCCUCCAACCUGCGGCUAUGGGGAUCCAAGGCAUGGAACUGUUCGCCAUUGGUGUGGUCAUCAUCCUUUUCAUGGCGGUUCUCAAGCAGUUUGGCAUCUUGGAGCCCAUUUCGUCAUUUGAAGGUAAGGGCCAGACUGCCCUGAUGUAACCAGUGUCAUCGUUGACAGUGUCACAGGUAACUCAAUAUUCAUUAUGAAGUCGCCUAAUAUUUUAAGACUCACCUUCUAUGAGGUUAUGGGUUUUCGGAGGUCAUUGCUUCGCCCCAACACUAUGGAAUAGUAUUAAUUUUGAAAAGUCAGUAGAGUGAUUUCAAAAACAAAGUGAAGCACAAGGAUGAAUAACAGCGUUGUCAGUGACCAACACCGGUCUUAGACUGGAUCCAGGUGGUGAUCUGGUUCACUUCCAAAACUGAAUCAUUUGUUCCUUGUCCCAUUUUACACAUUUGCUGUGACAGACAAACCAACACUGUCAACUGUCUCCUUGCAUUGUUGUGACAAGGAAAAUGAGUUAAUCCAGAUAGUAAAGUUCAUGGGUUUAUUAUGUGUGUUCUUGUAGUGCAGACAAAAAAAUACCUGCUGUCCGUCUGUACUCUUUGUGGUUAAUGAAAGCACAAAUGCAAAUAAGGUGUGAAAACAUACAGCUUAAAUAAAUGUGCCUCAAUAAUAUUGGGUAAAAAAUACCCAACAUGUUUUUUACCAGACUGGACUCUUGGGUGCCUUUCCUGUAUCUUCAGCAUCAACUCCUUAAUGGAACACCAUAGUCAAAAAUGAGGUAAAUUUCUUAGGUCAGUUUCUUUCUGUCUUCCAUCUUCAAGCAUCAUUUGGCAGACACUCAGAGUAGAGCGAGAGAAAUGUAGGUGUUUAUUGCAGUUUUUUUUUUUUUUUGACGAAACCUGCUGGUCUUUAAUCGUGCAGACUUCCUUUCCGUGGCUUGUGUUCAAAGGUCCAAUGGGGUCAUGUGCGAGUGCCAGAUCAGUUAAACUCCAAGCAUGUUUGUUGUGUUCAUUAGCUCAGGACAGAGUUGCGGAGCCGUUAAUGACACUCUGAUACUUGUGUUUAUGCUUCACCUGCUUGCUCAGGUUUAUCUCAUUAAUGAGACUGUAUUUCCAAAGGCAAGAGACAGUGCUGCUCUUCGGGCGAUCCAGGUCGUCUGUGUGAGGGAUUUGGGCUGGAGGCCAGCCAGAGUGCCCUGCGGUCAGUGUGCCAAGACAAUUACAGCUCCAGCCGGCACUUUAGCUCUCACCAUGCAGCCUUGCUUCAUAAGGAAUAAAUGUGGCAGAAACCCCUGUAAUGUUCUUUCAUUAUUUAUCGCUCAAUUUUGUCUCUGCAAUCCUUUGCUCCAAUGAGCAACAACGCCCCCUGUCUGCACAUCCACUGUGACCGUCCGUAGCCCGAGCCCACACCCUGGUUUAGCAUUUCUUCACAUCAAUUAUACAUGAAGUAUUGAACCGGCUUUCUCUGAGGCAGCCUAAAUAUGGAGCCUGGAACUCCUGCAGGACUCUGAAGGACACUGGUCAUCCCUGAUGAGCCCCCAAAUACGUGACAGGCGCUAUUUCAGGAGAACACGUCACCUGACUUGUUACCUCGUCUCAACUUGGUUGUGCUCUGACAACCAGCCACAUCUCAGGAUGGUUAUUAUAGGAAGUCAUCAUGUAAUGACACCCAAACAUUUGAAAGAAAAUUAGGUUUUAUUUUUCAUGAUGGAGUGGACCGAGUAUCUGUUUUCAAACGCUAUUCUUCUGUGACAAACCUACACACUGACGUUGAGCCAGCUGGUUUGUUUGGCUGUUCCCCUCAGCCCCCUUAACCCCUUUGGGAGAGCAAACCCCCUUUUAUCAAUCAUCUUUCUCACAGUAGGAUGUGCACCUUACCAUCCUACAGCCAUGAUAAUGUGGCGACUUAAUAAGCUUAUCCAUGCAACAUCUGUCACCAUUUGUCACAGAGAGUGACAGGAUCAAGGCUAGUUGUGUGUAAAUCGUAAACACAGCAGCCUAUUGUCCAUCAUCAUCAUCACUAAAUCACAUUGUGUAUCCCACUUCUGACACCCUUUGUUACAGAGCAUGUUCAGGUUUUUCACCCCUGAAUGCCACUCCUGACCAUAGCACAUGCACAUGGCAUGUUUCUUCAUCUGUGGCCAAUCACCAGGCUCAAACUAUUCUUGGACCUUGCUUACAUUUGUCCAUCCCACAUCAGAGUUGCUACUGCACAAAUGGAAAUGUGGUUCAGCAGAGAGAGAUUUUGGAGCAUUAUCUUCUGGUGAAACCACGGAUGGUAUCUCCAUUCUGGUUUGGGGCUUUUGCAAUAUGAGUGUCUGAAAGUCCUGUAACACUCCUGAGCCAUCAGCAGUCGAAGAUCAGACUAAAAAUGUAAACGUCGAAGCAGCAUACUGCUACGAUGUGACAACCUAGUAAAAGCCUGUGAGAGUUUCAUUUUGAAACAAUUCUUCGUUUAUAGUUUGAUGGGCAAAUGGGGAGGUAAGACUUUCACUUUACUAGCUUCAGUGCUGUAUUGAUUUCAAAUCCAUUUUAAACAAGUGAUGAGUCGACUUCCUCUGAACCAGGUGGAAUCUAAAGAGCUGCCGUCGUUUCCCGCACUGCAUUAGAAGGCCUUUAUCUGUCAGUGGACCAAAAGCAACUUCAUUUGAUGCAUUAUUCACAUCAUUACCACUUGGAUGCAUUGAUUUGAGGAGGAAAUGCAGAUUGAUAAUCAUGAGUUGAGUGGAUUACCUGCGCUGUGAGGAUCUAUUCAUGUUAAUGCUUGCUUGGCGCUUUGUCAUGAAGGUCUAAGUUGUUUUGUGUAAGGUGUAUGACCAAUGUGAGGAGAUGAGACCAGUCUUUGUGAUUCAUCUGUGGUGUGGGGCUGAUAGUUCUGUUGUGUACUGAUUUUGGAGUUGGACUAAUCUUGGUUUAUUUUCUGCAGUUUGGAUGCUUGUGAAGUGUUAAACGUUAGUAAGUGUUACAGUUCCACUGUACUCUACACAUGAUAACUCACGGUGUACAGGUCUGACAUCUCUGGUACAUGGGUUACUAUGUCAGUUAAUGCAUCCCAAAAGAGCCGGCCCCUGAAUGAGAACUUGGUAUAUCUGGUUCUAAAAACAAAGCCCUGACACAGAGGGCCUGCUUGAAACUUUGAAGAAAUGAAGCAACUGACCAGAGAAUCAUGAGUCUCUCUGAGCUGUGUCCAUCACUGACACCGAAGUAAGUCAGUUGGAAGAAACCAUGUUCAUGUUCGGCAGGGUAGCCAGCGAUAAUGGUGAAAAUAGAAGGUUUGGGGAAAUAAAUUGAGCUUAGUAAAAUAGAAAUAUAGGAAGACAUGCAAAAAUAAAUAGACAAAAUGAGGGUAAAGCUGGUUGCACUGUCAACUUAAAAGCCAAAAAAAGGAAUUGGUUAAGCUGAACGGAGGAACAAAUCAGAGAUCUUACCACUGAGAUUGAGUGAAAGAACUGGAAAGCAUUAAUGAAGGUUCUUGUUGAAGUUCACAAACGGUCAAGUAUGAGGAGAGAUUCGCCCACUUGGAAGCAAAGCCAGAGCCAAAACAUGACGAUAUAUUAACUGCCAGAAGACAUGGAUGCUAUUGAUCUCAGGCUCUUCAUGGAGAACCUGAUCAAGGUGGGAUACAAAGAGGAAUCGUUGCUCAUCUAGGUGAAAUUCCAGCAAGAAGUGAAAUUCUAAGUUCUCAAAGCAGAAUGCUAGCUAGAAACGUCACCGUCAAUGACGAGAGCAGGAUCACUUUCACACACAAUUACUCACAAAAGCUCUAGGAAAUGAUGGCAAGCUGAAGCUGACAGUUCAGUUCCAAGGUGGUACAGAGGAUCCCAACCCAGAGGAGGCAUAUUCAUUCAUGUUCAGAAACCUUCUGAAGUCCUGCAUGAAGAAGUUUAAUGACACAGUCAAAAAGAUGAGUAAUUCUCUCACGCAGUGAGUCUCGCAGUGAUCAGCAGUUGAUCAGCAGUUGAGCUCUGACUAUAUUUAGCAAUCUCCACUUUACAGGUCAUGACGAUAGAAAUCAACUUGAGUGUCAUUGAAGCACCUACUGUAAAGCUGCUGGUCAGUCUGGGCACAGUCUGUCUCUCUUCCUUUUCAAUCCUUCAGAUGAGGUUCAGAUUAAAGAGCUGUUUAGGUUUGAUGUGUGGUUGAAAUAUAUUUAUCAUUCAUUCAUUCAUAUGCAAAGACUAUGGUGUUCGAGCUCUGCCAUUUUGCAGGAAUUUAAAAUCGUUUUGAAAAAAUGCUGAUAUGAAAAAUUGAUAGAUUGGAAUUCAAUGAAAGAUGGGCAAGGAGAUGUGAUGAUUUGUUUCUGAUUUUAUUAAAUGGGAUAUUCAGCUAUUUAAAUUUGGUCCAGUUUAUUCCACAUUUGACAUUGACAUCCAGAACACCAUAUACACAUUGUUUUUGUUCUUUGACUGUACAACUCAAAAUACGAGUGGCAGAGAAGUAUGCUGGAGUGGCGAGACAUGUAUUCCAGGUGUGAGACAAUGGUGAGGCUGCAGGUGUAAGUUCAAAGUGGAGGUGGGACUGCACCAAGGCUCAGCUCUGAGCCCCUUCUUGUUUGCCAUGGUGAUGGACAGGUUGACAGAUGAGGUUAGACAAGAAGCCCCUUGGACCAUGAUGUUUGCAGAUGACGUUGAGAUCUGUGGUGAGAGCAGGGAGCAAGUGGAAGAUAAGCUAGAGAGGUGGAGGUCUCCCCUAGAAAGGAGAAGAAUGAAGGUUAGCCGCAGUAAGACGGAAUACAUGUGUGUGAAUGAGAGGGAGCCAAGUGGACAGGUGAAGUUACAGGAUGCAGAGAUAAAGUACUCAACUAUCCAGGGCAAUGGUGUGUGAAAAAGUGUGAGAAAGAGGUGAAGAAGUGAGUGCAGGCAGGAUGGAAUCAUUGGACAAAAGUGUCAGGUGUGAUGUGUGACAAAAGGGUGUUGGCAAGGAUGAAAGGGAAGGUGUACACAACUGUGGUCAGGCCAGCAAUGUUCUAUGGUUUGGAAACAGUGGCACUGAGGAAAAGACAGGAGGCAGAGCUGGAGGUAGCAGAGAUGAAGAUGCUGAGCUUCUCUCUGGGAGUGAGCAGGAUGGAUAGGAUCAGGGACCAGUAUAUCAGAGGGACAGCACAUGUCAGGUGUUUAGGAGACAAAGUCAGAGAGGCUAGAUUGAGAUGGUUUGGACAUGUACAGAGGAGAGAGAGCCAGCACAUUGGUAGGAAGGUGUUGAGAUUGGAACUGCCAGGCAGAAGGUGGAGAGGAAGGCCAAAGAGGAGAUUUAUGGAGGUGGUGAAGGAGGACAUGGACACAGGAGACACAGGAGUAGAACAUUGUGCUUGGACGUCUAUCGUCACCAUCCACUUAUCCGAGCAGGUGUGAGGGCAAAUAUUGUGUGAAGAGGCCAAGACUUGAAACAUGAAACAUACUGGAGCCACGUUAACUGGUUUCUGAAGCAGUUCUGUUCAUGAAGGUCUCAUCCUGCCCCUGGUUCUUUUUCGAACCCAAAGCUCUUUCCCAUAGAUGACAAUGGUGAGAUAGACUGGUAAGUCCAGAGCUGGGCAUUUUAAAACACUCUGCAUAUGCAUAGGGUCCAAUAGAGUCUGCAGCCCUGACCAACAUCAACAGUUGAGGGUCUGAUCAUGUUAAUUUCCUAAUUUAUAUAGACUGUUUCUACUGUUUUUUUCUUUUUUUUUUUUGUAGUUUUAAGUGAGAUAAAAACAGAGGAAGGAAUGGAUCUACUUAGGUAAUCCUAACAGUAGAUAGAAAUGAGCAUGCUUUCAUUUAGUCAGACGCACGUGUAUUAUUACAUUAACAGUUGCUGUACACUUUAUUUAGAUUGCAAUUGUCAAUAUGAAUUUAUAAUUGUGAGUUGAACUCUGUGGUUAUUGAUCUGCUGUAUGUGGCGCAUGGUUGCAAUUCAAGAUGGUGAGGUCACUCUUGACGGUGGAAUAUUUAUCCCUGAAUACUUUUAUUCAAGAUCAAAACACAUUCUAAGGAUUAACAAAUUCAUAGUCCUUCGAGACAAAAAAAACAACAUACAUCAUUUUUGUGUAAUCUGAUGUGUAUUUUGGCAUUAUUUUACUUCAUUGAUAUUUUUAGUCUUCGUGAUGUGUUGUUAUAAUUCUUCACUGGACUGACGUAUAAUGUAAUCCCCAAAUUAUCCACUAGAGGGUAGCAGCGGUCGCCGUGGUGAUCCCGGGAUAAAGUGUCUCAGGUCCGAAGGGAGGAGACUUUAUUACAGUACAAGACUGGCAAGGCUCCUCUGAGUCCAUGUGAUGUUAAAUCUGUUCUCACAGUCCCAAAGGACUCUCAAGGACGUUUGUCGAAGUAGGUCACUGAGAUGACUUACAAGGCUAAUGUUUAAUAGUAACAGAAUGUGUCUUUGAAACCAAGAUGUGGUUAAGUUUAUCCUCCCUAACUUGCAGAUCUGCCUUUCGCUGCUGAACUACAGCCUUAGGUGAAUAUUUCUGAUGCACAGUGGUCAGUGGUACCAUAUUAAAAGUGGACAAAAUGAAAUAAAAUGCUCCCAGUUUCAAUUAUGAAUCUUUUAAAUUGUGUUUUUAUUAGUUUUAUUUGUCAUAUUAUAUUUAAAAUAUGUGUUGGUCAAUUUGUGUAUAUAGAAGAUUUUCUCCAGUUUUCAACUCUUGAUCUACAUCUGUCUGCUCCCGAAAGUCCAUUAGAGCACUGGAAAAAAAGCCAUCAAUUAGAACAUGGUAUGAGCGGGCUGCCUGCGGGGGGCUAAAUAGAGAAGCCGCAGUCAGAAAAAGUGACGAGUGAUGAGUGACUGACACUGAUUCAGAGGCAGGGAGGAGACGAGGGCUGCCGGGUUGAACAUAUCUUGAUAGAGAAGUGGUGAGAAGCAUGUUGAUGGAGGAGCAGGAACAUUCCCUGGAAGGCAAGAAGAAAUUGCAGGGAGCAAGAGCAAGGUGGACGUAUUAAAACCGUCUUGCUGUCGCGGGACGAGAAGGAAAGAACGGUGGAGGGGAAGACUUUUGAAGAAGACGGCAGGAUGAGUGUAAGGUGGGAAACAGAGGGGCUGCAGACGGUUGGCAUCGUCUGUCUGGUCAUCAUGUUCCUCAAACUCAUGCACCUCCUGGGCCUGAUUGACAUCACAGAGACCGAGAGCAGCGACAGUGACCUGGAGCUGUCGACGGUGCGUCACCAGCCCGAGGGUCUGGACCAGCUGCAGGCCCAGACCAAGUUCACCCGGAAGGAGCUCCAGUCUCUUUACCGAGGCUUCAAGAACGAGUGUCCCAGUGGCCUAGUGGACGAGGAGACGUUCAAGUCUAUCUAUGCCCAGUUCUUCCCCCAGGGAGAUGCAACCACCUAUGCUCACUUCCUCUUCAACGCAUUCGACAUUGACAGAAAUGGUUCCAUUCGCUUUGAGGACUUUGUCAUCGGGCUUUCUGUGCUGCUCAGAGGUUCAGUGACGGAGAAGCUCAACUGGGCCUUUAACCUUUACGAUAUCAACAAAGAUGGCUACAUCACCAAAGAGGAGAUGCUGGCCAUCAUGAAGUCCAUUUACGACAUGAUGGGCAGAUACACAUAUCCGUGUGUGAGAGAGGACGCGCCAUCCGAGCACGUCGACAAGUUCUUUCAGAAAAUGGACCGAAACAGAGAUGGUGUGGUGACCAUUGAGGAGUUUAUCGAGACCUGCCAGAAGGACGAGAACAUCAUGAACUCCAUGCAGCUGUUUGAAAAUGUGAUUUGAGGACUCAAGAUGGUGCGACAGCCACAAAGUCACCCUUUCACCGGCUGGACUCUCCCACUCCCUCUCCCAUUUCAAACACACUAGAGCAACGUAUCCAGACAUGUAAUGUACAAAACAAUAGGUUAUAAAUCCGACGUUUCAAAAAUCUGAUCUUCCUGGUGGCUACUCCCAUGAAUCCUGUUGCCUCAAUCAACGUUGUAGCAUCUCUGAGAAGUUCUGAGGGAUUUAUUUGCUGGUGAGUCAUGUCAUUCAUGGCGCAGGUUGAGAUGUGGACUAUUCAAAGAAGCAUCAAGUUGCUGUCAGUACAUAAACGCGACACAUUAAAAGAUCAGUUGACAUAAUCUCACUGCUCAGAAGGAACCGUAGCCUCGAACGCACGCGUAGUUUCGUAACGGUGCCACUGCCAGACAUGCCAAAGUACAUAGUGGUAGUUCCUGUUCCACUGAACUUCAGGACCACACUCACACACGUGUAGCCCAGAGACACAAAAGCAUGUUUAUUAUCAAAUAUUGUGAACUUAGCUUGCACUAUAAUUUAAGGAUGUAUUAUACGAUGACAAAACACUGUAGAGCCCCUCGAAGAUGACAGCAGUGUUUGUGUAAAUAUGUAAAGCCACUUUCUUCUCUUCUCCCUGUGCUGCACUCCGUGAUGGAAACAAUCUAUUGUUUGAGAUUUAUCUGAUGAUGUUCUGUUGUUGUUUACUUGAUUCAAAAUGGCUAUUUUUCUGUAAUUUAAUAAGGUAUUAGUCACAAAGAGUUGUACUUCAUAAUUUAUUACAAAUACAACCGAACAUGUGUUCUAACUAUGAUUGCUUUUUUGAGAAUUUCUGUAUUUGAUAAGACGUAUCUCAUUACAUCUGCAUCAACAUUUUAUUUCCGAUACAAAUAAUCUCAACAAAUCUAGUUUCUAGUAGGGUUAAGUUCCUCUCAACUCUGGCACGCUGGGAACAAGCAGUAAUAAAUGAAAGAUUUAGUCAGUAAUAUUAGUAUAAUUAUUCAUCAAAAUAGAUUUUUGUUUUUUAUUAUAAAAGAUUGGAAUAAAGUACAGGUACCAGAUGAUGAUGUUGCAAAAAUAUAAUAAUAAACUAUUUUACGUUUUGAUGCUCUAUAAAAUAGAUCAAAUUGAUUCAGAAGAAUAUUAUCUACAUCUGUUCCAAAGUGAACUGUCAAACCAACUGUCAAAUUUGUGUGUUUGUAAGAAAACGUUUAUGAUUGGAUGGUGGGCGAACUAUUUAUGUGUGGUCUGAUCUGAGCUCGUCCUUCAGUAUUUGGAAGCAUGCUGACCCGUCAGGGCCACACCGUCAUGCACAGAAGCGUUUGGAUCUUUGUGUUGGUUGUUAUGAGUUGAUGAUUAAAGUUGCUGUCCAAAG